AUGGACAGUAGUGCAUCGGAAGACUUUGCAGAAGCACCUGAACAUGACGCACCACAGAACACCUGGACUGAUGAGGACACACAAGCAGAAGAAGCUGGAACAUGGGAAGAUGUGUUCAAGGAUGAAGAUGGCUCUCUUGCUGAUUAUUCUGUGGAUAUUGAUGACCCCGAAUGGGAUGUGAGCCUGGAGUCUGGAGAUAUGGAGCUUGACGAGAGAGACAAGAGUGACAUGGACAGCACUCGGAUGUUCAAGCUGAGAAGGGACCUGGACCAGCUGGAGCGUUUUUACAAACAGAAGGAGCUUAAUGUAUUAAAGGCCAGGGAGGAACUGAAAGCCUGCCGUCUUCAUGUGACUGAGCUGGAAAAACAGAGAGACAACAUAGAAAAUGACAUAGAAAGGGAGAAGCAGGCAGAGAACAGCGCAGCCAUAUUCCGCCUACGUGCCAGCCACAAGUGUGUUUGUGCUGAACUUCAAGCAGAGGAGGAGCUGGAGGCUCAUCUAGCCAUGGUCCUGCAAGAACAUGAACUGGAGCUUUGUCAAGUGGACGUAGAACUUGGUCAGUAUCUAGGCCUGCGUCAGGAGGUGGAGCAUGAGGAGAAGAAAUUUCAAGCCCUGAAACAGGAGAAGUACAAUCAAAGACUCCAAAGGGAGAAGAGUGUCGCCAGGGGAACCAAACUCAAAGCGCUGCGGGCCAAAAAUGAGCAGGAAGAGGCUUUACAAGAGCAAGCAGAGCUUGAACUGAGGAAGCGGGAUCAGAUCCGGACAAGCCGUCAGAAAGCAGCAGUCUUCCUUAAACAGACUCUCAGAAGAAUGCGUGAAAAAGAGGAAGAGAGAGAAAAGAUGAGGAAGGAGCUGAUGAAGAGGAGGAUGGACGCAGCAGAAUCACUGAAGGCCAGUAUAGCGGCCAGUCAGGAAACUCUGCGUGUGAGAAAGCUUAAGGACAAAGCCCGCUUGCAGAAGCAGAAAGAGGAUGAAAAUUUUCGUAAACAGUUAUUGGAAGAAGCAGGAAUGAACAGCAUCAGGCUCAUGCACCUGCACAAAAUACAAGAGGACCUCCACAGAAAGCAGGAGGAAUUCCAGGAGAAACAGAAAGCCAGACGGAUGGAAAUUGUCUCCAAACUGCUGUUGGAAGAAAGGCAAAAGGAGCGACUGAAAAAGCGGCAUGCGCUCCUCGUUCGUCCACCACCACGUGUGACUCAGAGCAUGGUGCUAAAGCGACGAGAGCAAAGACUGUUGCAGAACUUACCGCCUCUAUCAGCACACUCCGAGAGAGAGGAUAGGAAUCCAAUCCGCCCUCUGUCAUCCCCUGCAAGCUCCAGAAGUGACAUCAGUUCCUCUCUGGAUUCCAUGAAGAAACAGGGGAGGAGAACAAGGACUGAGGCAGACUGGCUAACGGAAGAAAAAGGAGACAGAGAGUGUCUGGUCCAGCCUGAGUUCACUGGCCUUUGGGAACGCAAACACAGGGAUUACAUGAUAAUGUCACAUGAAGACAUUUGUCUCAAAACAUCUCUGUCGAGGUCCAUGAAGACGGGCCCAGACAAAACCCUGAUUUCCAAAGGAACCAAGAAAACUACAAGUGGCAAAAAGCUGAAACGUUCACCAUUUGUCAGCAAACCAGAAACACUCUUAUUUAAGGAUUUUGAACUUGAGAAGACAUAUAAGAGAAAAGUAGUGCUUACAAAUGUCUCUAGUGUCACAAGUCACUGCAGAUUUGUGGGAGUUUCACAGAACCUCAUGGAUUUCAUAUCUAUAAGUUUUCAGCCUCCUGGGCCAGUGUCAUCAGGCAUGGCAUGUGAACUUGAGGCUGUUUUCAAACCUUUGCUUAAUGAAGAUUUGGAUGGUGAGAUCCAGUUUCAGUCAUCUACUGGCCCCUUUUCUGUCAUAAUCAAGUGUAGAACAAAAAAAUGUGAGAUGGUUGUUGAUAGCAGCCUCAUUGACUUUGGCACGCAUGUGGUCGGGGAGACAAUUUCACGGGUAAUCACCCUGACCAACAGGGGGGCACUGGGUACUCGCUAUUCACUGACUCCCCUCUCCACAAACUGCCUUCAGUUGCACAAUCUAUCCCAGCAUUCCUCUCCUAGCAAACAGGAACCUGGUGACAGCAGCAGUGUGAAAGUUGCUGCUUUAUGUCAUGAGGAACAAAUUCAACCAGAGGGAGAAACCGCUAACUGCAUUACUCAAACAGAAUUGGAAUCAGGUGUCAAGGCUUCAGGAGAUAAUGGUCUGGAACAGAGUAAGGUUACAGAGGUUGAGCAAGACCAUGAGUCUGAGAUCGCUGAAAUCAGCCUUGGUAAAGUGCUUGAGGGUGAGGUGGACCCAUUUGCUAGCGUCAAACUGCCCAUCAUUUUCACACCAACCAUCCCAGGAGAAACGAAGCUAGAUAUUAAGAUCAGAUUUUCACAACAAAACUGUGAACCGAUUGUGGUGUCAGCCUGUGGAGUGGCUCAGAGUGUUCCUGUGUGGGUGACCAAGCCAAGCAUGGACCUAAAGAUCUGCAUGUAUGAUCACCUUUACCAAGACUGCAUUGAAGUCCAAAGCAGAGCCAGCACAGCACUCAGAUUGACAUUUGAAGUGUGCAAGAAGCUGAAGAACCACAUGGACAUCCUGCCUAAAACUGGCUAUAUUCAGGCAAAGUCCAGCUUUCGUGCUCAGCUCAGAUUCCUGCCCAGAUGUAGCCUGCCAGAGGACGCCAAGUCCUUCUUUGACCAGGACACAGGAGUCCUGGAGGUACCUCUGAAUAUACAGGUGGCUAAUCAGGUGAAACCUGUUCCCUUCACUGUCCAUGCGGUUGUGAGUACCUCUGAUUUGAAGUUUGACCACAGUGAGGUGGAUUUUGGGCACUGCACCGUUUUCGAGUCUGUUCAGACCACUGUGUGUCUCAGCAACCUCUCUUUAUUGCCACAGGACUUCGGUUUUGUGGGCAUUCCUAAGUUCAUUGAUGUCCAGCCUAAUGAUGGUUUUGGCACACUACUCCCUCUACAGACACUGGAAAUUCAUCUAAUCUUCAGUGCUCCAAAAGCAGGCGAAUUUAACUUUCAACUCACCUGCAAGUCAGGAAUUAACAGAGAGUUUCGGUUAAAGUGCCAUGCAAUUGGUGUGCGCCCUGUGCUGGAGCUCUCUAAUUCAUUGGUGCAGUUUGGAGCCACAGCAGUAGGAGAUCGGUCCACAGCAGUGCUACACGUGCUGAACUUCCACACUAGCCUUAAUGACAUUACACGCCCCAUGCCACGCAUUGGCAAGGGCCCCGUCUCUCCUGUGGGUACCAGAUUCUUCACAUUCGCUCGUCCAGAAAACUCUGAAAUUACAGUGACGCCCAUUGCAGGACGUGUACUGCCUGGGCAGAGGUGUCUCGUCCAAGUUACAUUCAACCCAUCGCUGUCUGAUGAAGCCAUCAAGGCAGAGGCUGUUCGGCUGCUGUCGCAGAACGAGGAGCUACAGGUGUUGAAGAAGGUUGAUGAUGAGGGCAACGAUGGCAAAAGCACAGAUUCCGUGACAGAUAGCAAUAAAGAGACGCAAGAGGAACCAAAGGAAGGGAAGGAGUUUCCUCUAAAUCAUAGCUCAAGCAAGCUGAAGGAGAAGACCAGCGAAGCGUCUCUGACUCCCAAACGUGAGAGUCCUUUGCAGGCCCUGAACCCAGAGGACAUACAGAAAGACUCAAAUGAGUAUGCUGCUGCGAAGGCGUCUCUGCUCCACACUUUCAAAAACAGAUGCAGCCGUUACGUCAUCCCAUGCUUUGUGUCCAAUGGAGACAUUACACACCAAAAGCAGACGGAAGAACCCUUAUACAGCCCAUAUAACACAUUGUACCUGGAGCUGCGGUGCCCAGCUGUUCGACCUGCGCUGGUGGUCAUCUCUGACAAAGGUGUAACCACCAUCAAUUUCAACCAGGUGGCAAUAGGUCAUAAAGUUUUGAAAAAAGUGACAGUCCAGAACAUUUGUUCGGAGUAUGUGAAGCUGAAGUCUUCACUGCUGGACUUAAAUGGACCAUUCUCUGUGUUGAAUGCAAUGAGAGGAAUCAAGCCUGGAGAGACACACACAGUCCUGCUGGCUUUUAUGCCAGCUUUGGUUAAAAAGUAUCGUGAAAUACUGGAGGUGAGCUGCAGUAAAAUGACUCUGGCGUUCACACUGUGUGGAGAAGGCACUGAACCUCUCAUCACCUGCACAUAUGAGGGACGAAUUAUGGACUUUGGAUAUGUGCUGGAGAAGCAGAGCACGAGCCAAAUCCUUACGCUUCAGAACACUUCCACUCUGCUUGUACAGUUCAGAGUGUUGUUGGACAGCCUCAGCCCCUCCAAACAAAAUGACACACGCUUGCUUCCAGCAUUUCUGUCCAAGUAUUUCACACAGUGCACAACUUUGGGCACUCAGAAUUACAGUGGUCAGAGUGUGUUCAGUGUGUCACCCACAGAGGGCACUAUUUACCCUUUUGAAACUCAAGACAUCACUGUGAUUUUCCAGCCCGAUCACGAGAGUCUACAUUACCGAGAUGCACUCCUUGUACAACUUAUGAACCAUCAAACAGUGUGUGAUCUGGAGUUACGAGGAGCAGCACAGUGCCACACCAUGUUUGUGUGUGGUGGUGAUCCGUUAGACCUGUGCUCUGAAUCACUCAUCCCUCCAAACAUAUCCAGUACAGGUAUAGAAGGCAAACUAGCUUUUACAGAGAAGCAGCCCAAACCCCUAUUGCUGACUCUGAGGAGUGUGUACAGUGAGGGCCAGGUAAAAGCCACAGUGCGGGCGUUAGAGGUGGGCUGUAUCAACAGCUCAGAACCACACCACAAGAAGAAUGGAGAGUUUUUAUGGGAGAACGUAACUGAUCUUCAGAAGCAUGGGUUUCAUGUGGACCCCACCCAAGGAAGUGUGGCUGCAGGUCACAGAUGCACCAUCACUAUCACUUGGACUCCACCUGCUGGACACACUCCCAACAAGGUGGUGCAGAUGUGUGUUCCACUGAUAUUGAAAGGAGACAAGACUGACGUGUACAGCGUCACACUCAUGGCCUACACAUCCCACCACACGCAUUCUGCAUAG